UUAACACAGCCCUCCCUCUCACAGGUACCUGGAUACAAAGCUCGCAUUGACAUGCAGCUGAGCUUGCAGUGAAAGAAGAGUCUGUGAGGAACUGACUUCUAAAACAACACAUCACUGGAUACACCAUGGAGUCAAAACCCUUCUGUCUUCUAGUCAUGCUGUGUCUCGGAGUCUGCGUGUCAUCUUCAGAAAUUUUGCAGCGACAAAAGAGAAACUGGAUCAUAGACUCCUUUAUAAUUGAUGAGGGCUAUAAAGGACCUUUCCCAUAUUCACUGGGCACUAUUGAGAUUGAGAAAAAAAUCUGGUUAUUCAAGAUACACGGACAAGGUGUUGAUGAAGAACCCCGGAAUGUAUUAAAAAUUGACGAUGAAUCAGGAGAGAUUACUGUCCUUGGCCCUGUGGACUAUGAGAAAUACAAAGUGUUAAAGCUGACGUUUCAGGCGUUGGCUGGCGAAAAUGUAAUCGACACACAGCUGGGCAUUGAGGUAAAGAUUAAGGACGCAAACGACAACCCUCCACAGUUUGAGCAGACAGAGUACAAGGUCACCAUCAAAGAAUCAACAAAACAAGGCCACAACGUGAUUACCGUUAAAGCAACAGAUGCAGACAGCACUGAGGAAUAUAAAAGCGUGUCAUAUCAAAUAGUCUCAGUCUUUCCUGAACCUCACGACCUGCAAUUCUACCUAAUCGAGAAGUCUGACACUCAAACUGGAAUGAUUUCAUUUAAUGGAUGUCUGGAUCAUGAGAGAGCAGAGAAAUACAAAAUUAUUGUGAUGGCCAAAGACAACGGAAAGCCAGAACGGCUCUCCAGCUCCUGCACCAUCAUAGUCAACAUAGAAGACGGAAACAACCACAUACCCGUGAUCACAAAACAGACGAAUCUAGGAAGUGUGAAAGAAGGAAUGGAAAACUUUCUUGUUUCACGUCUGCAAGUCAAAGACGACGACACCAGAGGUACAGCGGCGUGGAGAGCAAAAUACCACAUCAAAGGAGACGCAGCAAACAACUUCAGAAUCACUACCGAAGAGACGACAAACGACGGGCUACUGUAUGUGGACAAGCCGCUGAGCUUUGAAGAUGGUCCUUUGAGGAACAUCACGAUCAGUGUGGAGAAUGAGAUCCCCUAUUCUUUAUGCAAAGUGGUGGACCGCAGUUCCUGGAAAGUAGAAACUUUUAGUAGUGCCACAUCUGUUGCAUCUGCGACUGGCUCAAUGCAGAUGCAAGGAGCAUCCAGCAAAGUGGUGACUGUGACCGUAGAGGACGUCAAUGAGGCUCCGGUCUUCGACGAAUCUAACAAAAUCGCUAUGGUGAUUGAGAAUGGUGAGUCGGGACAAUAUCUGGAGACAUUUACAGCCAGAGACCCUGACGUCGCCAGUGCAAACACAUUUAAAUAUGUCAAAGGGGAGGAUCCAGCUGAUUGGAUUUCAGUGGAUCCAGAGACUGGAAAAGUGACCACAACAAAGAGCAUAGACCGAGAGUCACCCCACGUUAAAGACGGUGUCUAUGUAGUCACAAUACAUGCUGUUGACGAUGGGAAUCCUGCAAUGACAAGCACCGCAACUCUCAGCGUGCAGGUUGGCGAUCAGAAUGACAAUCUUCCAUCACUAGCUGAAAGCACAUUGGACAUCUGCCAGUCUGAAAAACCCUCUCAGGGCAACAUCACAGUGUUGGACUUGGAUGGGGAACCCUACGGUGGACCUUUCACGUUCAAGCUCCAAGGAGAUGUUGAGGGCAAGUGGAAAGUUGAGCCCGCGCAAGGGUUUUCAGUGAACCUGGUGAAAGACAACACAGUUCACUCUGGUGUCUACGAGCUGCCCCUCGAAGUGACUGACCUUCAGGGGGAGACGUCUGUCCACAGCCUGACAGUUACCGUGUGCAACUGCGUCGAUGAAACAAGGCCGAACUGUCGUCUGCGAAAAGCUUCUAGCGCCACAGCAGGAACUUUGGCGCUGGGGACCGCUUUUCUCAGCAUGCUAGUCUUAGCAGGUUUGCUACUUAUGGUAUUUCUGAUGACUUGUAAGAGAGAGAAAGUACCGUUACCACCUGAUGGCUGUGAACAACAUCUGAUGAUCCAAAACACUGAGGAACCAGGAACUGACUGCAGAGUGAAUUUUGAGUCAUCAAAAGGCGGUCAGAAUGGGGGACAGAGCCAAACUGUGAAAAAAUCUCAAGUGAGAACUUCAACGAUGAACCCAGUAUUUUUAGGCGGUCAAAACUUGCAGACAAUCACUCAGCAAACAACAGUGUCAGGGAGUCAGUCAGCGGAGUACGGCAUGUCCCAAACUGACAUCCGAAAGCAAGACCAACGGCAUAAUUUGCAAUGGAUGGUGAGUGACUCCGCAAGUGAAGGACUACAAGCUCAGACAGAAUACUUAAAAUGCCAAAGACAAAAUUCAAUGGAAGCGGCUUUUCUUCGAGGGAACUAUAAAUACAGGUCAAUGGGCGCAUCAUCAGCCAUGGGAAUGAGACAGCAGAGACAAUCUAUGCAUGAGUCGGUGACUGACUCAGUAGGUGAAGGAAUGCAAAUCUACUCGGGAUGCGCACAAGCCCAAGGAAAGAGCUCUUUUUCUCGAGGAAACUUUAAAUACGCGUCAAUGGGUGCAUCAUCAGCCAUGGGAAUGAGACAGUGGAGAAGAUCCAUGCAUGAGAGUUGGGAGGAAUAUAACCCACAAACCGCAGGAAUCCUGCUAAAUAAGCACCUGUACGCUCUCGAGACACCAGGCGAGGAACUGGGUGACUAUGCACCCCAAGUGUACGCCGAGGAGGGAGAUGAAGAACACGACUUUGAGCUUGAUGCCAUCUCCAUACCUGAUGUGCCCUUCGACCUCAACUUGAAACUGGAUUACAGGUUCAGUGACCUGGCCUCAGUCUGCAUGCCUGGUGACACCACUGCCCACAGCACAAAAUCAGAGAUGACAACUGUGAUCCAGAAGCAAAAAGUCGUAAAAUUGAUUAACACAUCAUCCUAUUUGUAAAUGCUGCAAUAUUGUAUAUAUUUUUUAAUCAAGUCACCAAACCAAGGAUAAAUGUCACCUUUAGCGUCUUCCUACUCACUCACAACAGGUUGUAUCACCUUUGUAGCAGAAAGACACACUCUAUGUCUGAAAAAUAGCAAAAGUAGACACAACAUGGCACCAUUGUUCAAAGUUACUUUUAUUUUAUUUUUAAAAGUCUUUAUUUUAGGAUUUCCCAGUGUUUCUCUGCUAUUAAAAAGGACAGUUACAGAGUAGUCGAGGGACAAAUGAAUAAAAGGGAGGAUCCAACAUGGAUGUUGCAGUACGCACCAGUUAUCCUAUAUAGCGGAAUUUUUGACACCUAACAAAGAGAGUUCAGCCAGCUCAAAAGAAAAAUCACAGACAAAACUGUCAAUUGGGGUUUUGUUUACUCAAGCAUAAUAGAUAUAUUUUUGUUUAUCGAAUGCUCAGAAAUGCACAGAUUUCUGUUAAAAAAGGGCAACACAGACUCACUGCUUUUCCUGCUCGUGGAUCGAUCAAGCUUACUGCCGUGCGUAGUCACCACCUUCUCAGCCAGGAAAAACCAGACACUCAAGGGAUUGGCCAGCAGCAGGACUCCCUUUGUUGACUUAGACUACUCUGGAUAUCCAGAGGGCACAUUUACACUUUCUAUUCUCAUUUAAACAGUGCUGAUGACGGACACUAAAUGAGCCAAAACACUGGCUCGUUAGGAAUGGACUUCAAGGAACAGUUUGUUUUUUUAACACAUACAAAGAAAAAAAUGUAGCAAAUGGAAGUGCUAGAUAAAAAAACAAACACUGCACUUUUUGAUGAUCACCGUGAGUUCAGAAAGAGGCACCAGGAUUAUCAUAGUGUCCUAAGGAUUAUGUCUUUCUCUAGAGGACAAAAGAGUUUUCAACCCUGUAACACCAAGUAUAUCAUAUUUGAUACAUGAUUUUUUUUGAGACCUCUACAUCAUCAGUGUAAAUAUGACAAUUGAUUAAAAAACAAAGUUCACACAGAAAUAUACAGACAUGAAAGCUGAUUGAAACAGCACUGAUAAAUGACAUUAUGUGGACCAUAAUGCAGAAAUGGUGACCUACUAUCAUUUACAACGGUUACUAAAUAUAUCUUCAAAUAUGUUUAGUUUGUUUUACCUUUGAUUUAGCACAAAAGACAUGUGUCACAUAAUCCUCCCAUAAUCCUCACUAAGCCAUAUGUCUGUUUAAUUAUUUUGGGGACUCAUUGCACUAUGAAACAGACAAUAGAUUUAAUUGCUACAUAGAAAUCAUGAUGAAUGACGUGAACAUCAAGAAUGCACUCUAUUUAAUGAGGCCAGGUCUUUUUCUGCACGUUUGGUCUUAAUGCAAAUAUUAAUAGGAUAAAAUAGAAGUCACACAGAACUACAGUUAUGUAGUCGGGGGUGUGGAGAUAUGGUUUGGUGACACAGAAUCUCAAAUCACAGCAUUUACACGACUUGACUUGAAGCAGCAAAGUGUUAUUUUGUUUUUUACUGUUAUGUGUCGUUUAUCAAAACCAGAGGCUACAUUAACCAUUGAUAUGAUUGCCUACAGUAGCAAUUGUUUUUUAUAUUCUGAUGUCUUAGGGUUCAUUUCAGGAUCAGUGUUUUUUAUUCAUGCUUUGUUUUAGCUUUUGCAAACGGGUCCUUUAUCUACUCCGCUCUCUUAGAAUUAGGAGAGUCUUGAGGAACUCUGGGGAUCCUAAAGGAACCCUGCUUGCUUGGGGAGUUCCUUGGAAAAAGAAAAAGUUUCUGGUGGAACUUUGAAUAAGUCAGAACAGGUUUCUGACACUUUACAGCUGCGUUUAUGCUUACUUUUAUUUAUUUGAAUCUAUUUCUAUUUAGGGGUAAUGAUACUUUUCACAAUAACCCCACAAGGUUCUCUUUGAGGCUCUUCUACGUUUAAAACUGACCCCAUUAUAAGCUGUAAAACUUUUCUCAAAACUUAAAAAAAAAUGUUUACAAAAACACACCAAGCUGAACUGCUUUUUCUACAAGAACAUUAAAAAUGUAAGAAAAAAUACAUUUUGUGCACAUUUGUUUUGAAGCUUGUUAUAUUUGGUAUUGGUUGUGGUUAUUGGUUGAAGUGAUCUUUUGUUUGUUUGGUUGUUUUUUUGUUGUUGCUGUGACUAUAGAUGUGGUUGUUUUGGACUUGAAAUUAAAGUACACACAUUGAAAGGUC